CAACCAUUGACUUUUGGCUUCAGACCGAUGACAAACUCAGAUGUUGUAAAGGCCCAUCUGUUACUAGCAAAGUUUUUGGAAAAGUUUGAUCUUGCCCCAACUUUCACUAUAGAGGAAUUUCAACAUUGGUUUAUGCCAAAAGCUGACAUUGUCGACUCUUACGUAGUUGCGAACGAUGGUGAAAUAGUUGAUUUUGUAAGUUUUUACACGUUACCGUCAACAGUAAUGCACCAUCCAGUUCACAAAUCUUUGAAAGCUGCAUACUCUUUUUACAACGUUUCAACUCACACGCCUCUCACAAACCUUAUGAAUGAUGCUCUCAUUGCUGCCAAAAAUCUGGAUUUUGAUGUUUUCAAUGCUUUGGAUUUAAUGGACAACAAAGUCUUCCUUGAUAAGUUAAAAUUUGGGGCUGGGGAUGGAAAUUUGCAAUAUUAUCUCUACAACUGGAAAUGUCCUGAAAUGCCUACUGAAAAGGUUGGAUUAGUGCUGCAAUAAUCUGUCAGCUGAGUUGUUCAUUCUCGGUCUUUUUGGUGUUAAAUCAGUCGAGUGAUAUACGUUAAUAAAUAUUUUCAAAUUUUUAGAAGUUGAAGAACCAACAUCAUGCGUAUGUCAAAAUUUUAAAUAAAUUUUAAAUUAAAAAAACAUUAAUUGUACUGAAAAUUUUAAAAUAAAAUUUCAAACUCUGGU